UGGUAGCUUCGCCCUGAGACGGAGCCGUCUCGGAUCUCGUUCCCCUCACCAUGAUGACCGAUAUUGUUAGCAACUGGAAGCUGGAGCAGUUUGUGCUCCAGAAGUGUCUCCCCCCAAUCUGGUCCCCAGGGGCUUUCCAGGGCCCGGAGGCGUACCAGCAGCUGUGCCAGCAGUGGGAGAGCUGGUCGGAGGAGAGCAAAAAGCCCAAACCCACAAAUAAGUGCAAGAAGCGUGCGGCUUUGCAGGGCUUGUUGAUGGUGGGCAGGGAGUUGUCCAAAUUGCUGAAGGAGGCUCUUGAGAAUGUGCAGACGCUGGAGCAGGCCAAGGGUGAGCUGAAAAUGCAGGUGGACAACCUGCGGGCAGAGGUGCAGGGCUUGUGCGGGGACUCUCUGCGGAGCGCGGUGGAGAUCACCCGGCUGGAGAACAAGCUGGGCUAUGAGAAGCUGAAAACGGAGGAGCUGGAGAAGGAGGUUGGCAAAUGGAUCGGAGAGACCCAAGAUGCGCAGAGCGCGGUGCGGGCAGUCCUGCAGGACGUCCAGCGGGACCGGGGCACCGGCCCCGACCACAAGGUGUGCCAUGCCAAGAUCCAGGAGCUGCAGGCGGAGCUGGGGGUCUCCAGGGGCAUCAUGGCCGCUAUCCAAGGCAAGAGGAGCCGGGUGGGGAACGACGAAGGGGAGGACUCCUCGGAGCCGCACCCGCUCCACUACGACUACGAGGAUGACGCCAUAGACACCAACAGGCCUGUGAUCUGGUUUACCCCCGAGCAGCUCAAAACGGUGGGGAAGAUGCUGGGGCCGUUGACGAAGGAGACGGCGGUCAACUGGCUGUCCAGGGCGCAGCGGCUGCCCAGGUGCCAGAGCGGCAGCUCAGUGAGUGACCUGAUAGACGUGGUGAGAAAGUGCAUGAAACCAGACGAUUUUGCAGCGCUGCCGGGGGACGUGCAGAUGGGCAACGUCCCGGACAUCGGGGACGUCCAGCUGGCCGUGCUGAAGGUGUUCUUCCCCGAGGUUAACCCCUUAGUGCUCUUCCACCAGGAGAAGCAAAACCCCGAGGAGCGUCCAGAUGCCUAUGUUAACCGUAAGAAGAUGCUCUACCAGAUGGCUGGGCUGCCCGGCUCGAAGGACUCCCCCCUCAAUUUUGACAGGCCCGAAUUCAAGGAGCCGCUGGUGGUGGGGCUCACACCCCCAUUGCGGGUGAUUGCUGGUGGGGACGCGGCCAGAAAGCCACUGUCUGAGCUGGAGCAGAUCCUGACCCAGAAUUUUGAGCUGCAAAAGCAAGUGUUCCCGGGGUACAUUCUCGGGGGGAAGAAAGGGAAAAGCUCGGCCAUUCCCUUCCAAAAUUCAGGGGUGAGAAAAAUGCAAGGAGAUAACCGUAAAGAUUCCGAUGGCAAGGGUGGUCCGGGGAAGGAGAACCAGCAAGGGAUGAGAUUUCAGAAGUCCAACCCUUGGCGGGCUGAGCUGAGGAAGCGCUUGAUAAAAUACGAGAAGCAGGAGGAUAUCGAUGGGUCUGAAAAAUUUGGGAAAAUGGAAAUGAAGGGAAAGCCGGGAAUUUUAGCCAUCUCUGCACUGACAAAGAUGGGGGUGGUGGUGGACCUGGCAAACCAGGCGCUGUUACAUUGCCCUCAAAGCGACGCGCCCAUCAUCCCGCGGGACUGCGGGCAGAUGGACGCUGUGGUGACAGUCAAAGGGCCAGACCCCCCUCCUCAGCUGCAGCCCCGGUACCCGGCUGAGGCUGAGGUUGGCUUGUUGGACACAGUCAAAACCUUGCUGGAGCAGGGGGUGCUGGUGGAGCAGCAGAGCACCAGCAAUGCCCCGGUGUGGCCCCUGCGGAAAGCUGAUGGGAAAACAUGGAGGCUGACGGUUGACUUCAGUGCCCUGAACCGUGUCACCCCACUGCGGACCACUGCGGUGGUCAAGUACCCCGAUGUCAUGGCGGCCAUCUCCCGGGGAUCCGAGUGGUUCUCAGUGCUCAGCCUGACCAGCCCAUCCUUUGCCAUCCCCUUGCACCCUGAAUCCUGGCACAAGUUUGCCUUCACCCUUCAAGGACGGCAAUUUGCCUUCGCCAGAGUUCCCCCGGGUUUCCACAAUGCCACUGCCAUUUGCCACGCGUACGUCACGAGGAUGUGGGAGAAGCUCGGCCACCGGGAGAGUGUGCUGUCCUGCGCCGGUGACAUCCUCAUCCACACCCGGACGAAGGAGGAGAACCUGGAGGUGCUGGCAGAGGUGCUGGAGGCUGUCCAGAAGACAGGCUUCAGGGUCAGCCCCACAAAGGCCCAGCUGUGCUGGAAGGAGGUCUCCUACCUAGGGAUGACCCUGAGGGAGGAAGGGCGCUUACUUGAGAAGCAGAGGGUUGAGCUAAUACAGAAGGUGUCGGCGCCAGUCGAUGCCACUACCCUGAGGUCCUUCCUAGCUCUCCUGAGGUUCUCCCGAGAGUUCGUUGAGGGCUAUGCGGAGAAAACUGCCCCCCUCUGCCACCUCCUGAAGAAGGACACCUCAUGGGAAUGGGGGCCAGAGCAGGACGAGGCGGUGAAGACCUUAAAGGAGAGCGUGGCGCAAGCCCCCAUGCUGGUGCAUCCCCGGGGGGACAGACUGUACAUCCUACAGCUGGCCAGCACGGGGAGGGGGCUGCGGGCCACCCUGGGCCAGCAGCACGGUGCCCGCCUCCUCCCCGUUGCCCAUGCUUCACGGCUCCUGAUACCGGCCGAGCAGCAGUUCACCGACUACGAGAGGGAGGUUUUAGCUUUGACCUGGGCCCUGCAGCACUGGGAGUACCUGCUGGGGUCAGCCCCGGUGCUGCUGAGGACCUCCCACGACCCAGUGAGAUACCUCUUGUCAGGGAAGGGGGAUGGCGGUCCCCUGCGCUACCCCAGGAUGGCCAACUGGGCGUUGGCGUUGACCAACAAGGAGGGCCCAAUGGAGACAGUGGCGCCCUCAUCCGGCGCUUACAGGGUGGUAAUCAGCGGAGAGAGGGACGAGGAGGAGGUGGGGGGUCCCCUGGCCGAGCCCAAGCCAUGCCGGGCACCCCUGUUUGAGAGCAGCCUCAGCCUGGAGGUGGCCAAGGAGAGGGGCUAUGUCGUGUGGUUCGUAGACGGGUCCAACUACCACGUGGAAGGAGUGCCCUACACGGGCUACGCCGCCAUCAACUGGGGCACCGGGGAGGUGGUGCAGGGGAAGGAGAGGGACAUGCAGUCCGCCGACGGCAAGCCCGUCACUUACGCCAAAAAGCUGCUGUACCUCGCAAGGCUGGCGGAGCAGAGGGCACACCCGGCCCAGAUCGUCAAGGUCAAGGCCCACAAGAAGGGGACGGAGGAGGCGAAGUGGACCAAGGAGGCAGACGCCAAAGCCAAGCAAGGCGCCAAGAAAGGGCUGAUGUGGAAGGCCAGCAAGUCCUGGGAGAAUGGCCCUGUGUCGGUGGCUCCCAGCAGACACUGGGAGACCGUGGAUCUGCUGGGCUUGCAGGCACAAGACCCCAGCAUCUGGGAGUUAGCGCAGGGCAGGGAGUAUAAAGGGUGCAAGGUGUGGAAGGACGUCUCGGGGCUGGUCCUGGCACGGAGGGAGGGUGCGGAUUUCCCGGUCUGGGUGGUGCCUGAACUCGUCCGGACAGAGCUGGUGGCCCUAGCUCAUGAGCAGGGGCAUUUGGGGACAGACAAGACCAUGGUGAGGCUGCAGGGUGCUGGGUGGUGGCCUGAAAUGAGAGAGGAUGUGGAGAGGUAUGUCAGCAACUGCCUGACGUGCGCGGCCAACAAUCCCGAUGUCAAAACAACAAAAGCCCUCCUGGGCCACCAGAGGAUUUCUGGGCCAUGGAGCAAGUUGCAGAUGGAGUUCAUUGGCCCUUUGCCCCAAACAGCCCAAGGGAACAGGUAUUGCCUGGUGGUCAGCGAUCACUUCACCAAGUGGGUGGAAGCAUUUCCAGCUCGAAACAACACAGCCAGUGCAAGUGCAAAGAUCCUGGUAGAGCAUGUCUUCUCACGGUGGGGCGUCCCAAAGGAGAUCGACUCGGACCAUGGCCAACGCUUCGUCACAGAACUCACGAAAGCGGUGUGCCAAGCCCUGGGCAUCAAGCAAAAGCUUCACAUCACAGGGCAUUUCCAGAAGCCCGUUUCGGCGGAGGGGCCCAACCAACCACUGAAGAUGGCGCUGAGGAAGCUUGUGAACCAACAAAGGAAAGACUGGGAUCAGAAGCUCCCAGUGGUCCUGCUGGCGUUACGGGGGGCCGUGGCAUCUCAUGCACCUUCUCCACAAAAGCUGCCUCCUCCAAGAGAUCCGAAGUUGCCAGGACGCUGGUGGCAAAGAGGGGAGCCACCAGAUGAACUGCAGCCCCGCGUGCUGAUGGACAGGUGGGUCCAGGACAUCCUGAGGACUGUGUUGGCUACAUACCACCAGCUUGCCUCGGUGCAGGAGACCAACAUCCCCAAGAUGGAUAAGCAGCUGGGAGCGCUGCUGCGCCCCGUGGAGUGGAACACGGGGGACCUGGUAACAUAUCGGGGGGUUAGAGAGAAGAACCAGGUGCUGGCACCCCAAUGGAUGGGGCCCGUGAGGGUUGUGAACAAGGCCAGCCCCUCCAUGUACCAGGUAGAAAUCAGAAAGGGGGCGAAAAGGCAGGAAAAAUGGCUCCAUUCUUCACAGUUAAAAGCAUGGAAGGGAAAUUAA